ACUUGGCAACAAUUACAAUCCAAUUCCAACUACAGCUAACCAAAAUGACACAGUAACUGCAUCUGGCAGCAAUUACACAACAGCAUACAAUGAAACCUCAGCUGGCAACAAUUACACAACUGCAUAUAGUGGAACCACACUGACCAAGAAUUACACAGCAAUGUACAAUGCAAGUACAGCUGGCAACAAUUUGAACGUAACAACAACUAACCAGAAUUACACAACAGAUAAUAAUGCAACCACACUUGCCACUAAUUUCACAAUAGUGUAUAAUGUAACCACAGCUAGCAGCAAUCGCACAACACUGGACAAUGCAACUACAGCUGGCGAUACUUAUACAACUGCAUACAGUGCAACCACACCAAGCAAGAAUGACACAGCAAUGUACAAUGCAACUACAGCUGGCAACAGUUUUAGUACAACUACAGCUAACAAUAAUUACACAACAGUUAACAGUACAACUACACUUGGCAACAAUUACAAUCCAAUUCCAACUACAGCUAACCAAAAUGACACAGUAACUGCAUCUGGCAGCAAUUACACAACAGCAUACAAAGAAACCUCAGCUGGCAACAAUUACACAACUGCAUAUAGUGGAACCACACUGACCAAGAAUUACACAGCAAUGUUCAAUGCAAGUACAGCUGGCAACAAUUUGAACGUAACAACAACUAACCAGAAUUACACAACAGUUAAUAAUGCAACUACACUUGCCACUAAUUUCACAAUAGUGUAUAAUGCAACCACAGCUAGCAGCAAUCGCACAACACUGGACAAUGCAACUACAGCUGGUGAUACUUAUACAACUGCAUACAGUGCAACCACACCAAGCAAGAAUGACACGGCAAUGUAUAAUGCAACUACAGCUGGCAAAAGUUUUAGUACAACUACAGCUAACAAUAAUUACACAACAGUCAACAGUACAACUACAGCUGGCAACAAUUAUAAUACAACUACAGCUAGCAAUAAUCACACAGCAGUGAACAAUGCAACUACAGCUGGGAACAAUUAUACAGCUCCGUACAGUACAACUGCACCUGGCAACAAUUAUAAUGCAACUACAGCUGGCAACACUUUUAGUACAACUACAGCUAGCAAUAAUUACACAGCAAUGAACAAUGCAACUACAGCUGGGAACAAUUAUACAACUGCAUACAGUACAACUGCAACUGGCAACAAUUAUAAUGAAACUACAGUUGGCAACAAUUACACAGCAAUGCACAAUGCAACCACAGCUGGCAACAAUUACACAGCAGUGUACAAUGCAACUACAGUUGGCAGCAGUUUUAGUACAACAGCAACUAACAAUAAUUACACAACAGUCAACAGUACAACCACACCUGGCAACAAAUAUUAUGCAACUACAGCCAGCAAUAAUUAUACAGCAAUGUACAAUGCAACUACAGCUGGCGACAAUUACACAACUGGAUACAGUGCAACCACACCAAGCAAUAAUUACACAGUAAUGAACAGUGCAACUACAACUGGCAACAAUUUCACAAUGGUGUAUAAUUCAACUACUGCUGCCAAAAAUUACACAGACAAUGCAACAACAGAUGACAAGGAUAUUAAUCUAACUACAACUAACAACAAUUACACAACAGUUAAUCAUGCAACUACACCUGGGAUUAAUUACACAGUGGCCUCUAAUGCAACCGCAGCUGGCAACAAUUACACAGCAAUGGACAAUACAACUACAGCUGAAGAAAAUUACAGUUCAACCACAGCCAGUAACAAUUACACAUUUGUGGUCAACAAUCACACAUUGCCAUACAAUACAACUGCAGCUGGUACAGCCUUACAGAACAGUACAGCUACAACUGCAACCAUGACCAUUACAACUACUCCGACAGAUCAUGGUCCAGAUUUACAUGGUGCAACUGCUAAGGUUUCUUCUGCAACACCGCUCCACCUAACCACCCUCAUCAGCACAACCACAACCACCACAGUGACUGAAUCUGUGGCAACUUCCUCUACUGCUGUACAGACAACUGAACAAGUAAACGAGCUGCUGAAUGAAACACAGGAUGCAUCUAAGCUCAAUGCCACUCAAGUGGCACAGGUGGUGAAAAAACUGGAGAAGGCUCUGGAGGGUCCCUCUGUUUCACAAUCGGUGGGAAAAAACAUCAUCACAGUUGUCAGUAACCUGAUGGACGGUAGCCCAGAGGCACUCUCUCAAUCUGCAAACAGGCUGAUUCGUUUGGUGGACACUCUGGGUGUUAAACUGGCUGUUGCUGGUGGCAGUGGAAUCCUGUCAACCACUUCUCUGGUUCUUGCUGUCAGGACAGUGGAUGGGAGCAACUUCCCAACAACGUCUGUUGACAUUUUCAACACUGAUAAUGUCCAGCUAAGUGACACCACCAGGACCCGGUUUAAAAGAUCAGGGUCUGCUCUGGGUUCUGUAUACCUGCCUGCCUCCCUCACAUCUGGUCUCAGUCCUGAAGAGCAGCAUCAGGCCAACAGAGUCCAGUUCACUUUCUACACAAAAAAUUCAUUAUUUAAGGAUUCAUCAUUAGAUAACCAAACCCUUGUCAGUGCAGUUCUGGGCUCCAGUGUGGCCAAUCUGUCAAUUAGCAACCUGACUGAAAACAUUAAGUUUACCAUCCAAAACAUCAACCCCAUACUCAAAAACUACACGGCCUCCUGUGCAUUCUGGGAUUUCACCCUGAAUGGUGGUGGGGGAGGCUGGAGCUCUGCUGGCUGCUUUGUGGUCAAUGCCACUCCUGAACAGACAAGCUGCAGCUGCAGCCAUCUCACAUCCUUUGCAAUAUUGCUGGAUUUGUCCAGGCAGGGAAUUAUGGACCGUCAGCAAGCACAAAUUCUUACUUUCAUCACCUACAUCGGCUGCGGAAUCUCCGCUAUUUUUCUCGCCAUCACAUUACUGACGUAUCUUUCCUUUCCAAAACUGCUACGGGAUAUACCAGCCAAGAUCUUGGUGCAGCUCUGUUUCUCUUUACUCUUCCUCAACCUGGUCUUCUUGCUGGAUGGAUGGCUGGCGCUCUACCCAGCUGUUGGGCUCUGCAUUAGCACUGCUUUCUUCCUGCACUACUUCCUGCUAACAUCAUUCACAUGGGCAGGGCUUGAGGCCCUGCAUAUGUACCUCAGCAUUGUCCGCGUUUUUGCACCCUACCUAAGCAGAUACAUGCUGAAGUUCACCCUGAUGGGUUGGGGUAUUCCUCUUAUUAUUGUGAUUAUUGUGAUAUCUGUGGACAAAGACAACUAUGGUCUGGUUACAUAUGGAAAAUACACAGAUGGCAGUUCAGAUGACUUCUGCUGGCUGCGUAAUAACAUUGCAUUCUAUGUGGGCGUGGUGGCCUACUUCCUCCUGAUCUUUGUCCUGUGCCUGCUGGUCUUCAUCGUUGUUAUGGUGCAGCUUUCACGGAUCAAGAAGCAGAACCCUCACAACCAGGCUCCUAACAGGAGUGUUUUGACUGAUCUGCGCAGCGUUGCUGGCCUCGUCCUCAUCCUCGGGCUCACCUGGGGGUUUGCUCUGUUUGCAUGGGGACCCCUCUACUUACCCUUUGUUUACCUUUUCUCCAUAUUCAACUCUCUGCAAGGUUUCUUUGUCUUUAUUUUCCACUGUGCUAUAAAAGAGAAUGUACGCAGGCAGUGGAGAACUUACCUUUGCUGUGGAAAACUGCGAUUGGCUGAAAACUCAGAUUGGAGUCGGACGGCCACACAGAACAACAGGAAUCAAUCUCUUGCCACUGCAACCACCUCGGGUGCCCAGUUUACUUCUCGAAGUUCCUCUGUCAUCAGCGAUGGCACCCAUAGCAGCGGCUCAGUGUUUGCGGACAGCGGAAUAUCUGACGGCUCCAACAGCGAUGUCGUCCUCAAUGAGAUUCACAGGCGAAAUCUGUUGCGGCAAGGGGAGGCCAUCGAGUGACUUUUCCCGAGAUUUCUUUUGUGAUUACGAGUUCCAAGAAAGGAUGAUCAGACCCUGGUGAUAUCUGGCAACCCUUAGUGUUGCUACACAAGAUGAAAGUUUAAUGCAGCACUAAACCUGUAGAGAAGAUCAAAAAGUGGAGAAUGUGAAUAAUUCUAUACUGAUAGUAGAAAUAAUGAAAGACUUCUUAGAAAAGAAGAGAUUUUAUGACUGAAAAUAUGAUUUAUUACUACUCAGUGUAAGUGCAUGCUGACUUUGCAAAGCUACUAUAGUAACUAAAACAUUGCGUUUUUGUCACUCUCCAAGAACCUGCUGCACUGAAGACUGAAGUGCAUUCAAUUAGUAGCCUAGAAAAGAUGCCGUGAGCAUUGUAUAGAUUAUGUGGCAAUUUUUAUGAGACUGUCUUCAUUUUUUUUGAGCAUAAAAAUGAAGAUAUUUCCAGUGUUACUGCUACAUUUUCUUUCAUUUGCCAAAUUCACAGUUUAUUCUGACAGUGUCAGAUGGCACUUUGGGAUGGAGUAGCAAGCUCCAGAGACAAGGCUGAUUGAGGCAAAAUGUGUACAUGCCAAACUGGUUGAUCAUAUAUGAUAAAAGAUUAUAGCUGUGUGAUUAUUUAAGGGUGCAAUUAUCUUAAAUGUUUUAUUCACUGCAUUGUAGAGUUUAUAUUAGGUUCCGAUUUGCUUUUUAUUCAA